AUGGAUGAAGCCGCGAAAGAUGGUCGUUCAACGACCGCAAACACGCAGAGCAAGGCUUCGCUGAUGAUGACCCGGUCGCUCUCGUUUCCGGAACUGGGGCGCUCUGCAGAACAACUUCUGACGGGGAUACAGUCGGUGGAGGAAUCAAUUUCGCCAUUCCUGAAUGGUGCCUCGACAACCGCAGGAUCCAUGGAGUCAAGGACAACACUUCAGGCGGAACAGGAGCCGAUUUCUGCUCCACUGCAAGAGCGGAUCGUUCGUGUUCGGAAACGAUACUCUGAUUUCGUGGCCCUGCGUGCACAGUUGGUGGAUAUGCUUAAAGCCCAGAGCAGGCUUGCCAGUCGUGCCAAUGGCGGCCGAGGGCUGUUUUCACUACCGUCGUCUGGACGUAACUCCGUGGUGAUCUCAACGUCAUCAACUCCAGUCACCAGCAGGAGCCCUCGCUACAGCGAAGACCAUGGCAGCAACGUCGGAAACGACGAUGACGAGGAUGAGGACGAGGAUAGAGAAUCGAAUUGGCAUUCACGGACAUCGUCUGGGGCAUUUGGAGCCAGUACGGGGUCGUCGCCGACGUUGGUGUUGUGCAGCAGCAUCCUUCGGGGGAUGCCCAAGCUUCCGCCAAAGAAGGUGAUGGGAAAGUUCCGACCGGCAUUUGUGGAGAAGCGACGGAGGGAAUUGGAGUACUUUUUGGAGUGGAUUGUGGCCCAUCCGGUCAUUGGCGAUUGUCCGGUUGUGGUGCAGUGGUUUCUGGGGCAACCCUGA